ACGUCACACCUCAGCUUCCGCGUUGCUUCCUGUUUUGAAUGAACACCUGAAAAUAGUUGCUAGUAGCUAGCUGCCAGAUUAAUGCUCACGACUGAGUGUGUUUUCUUAGGCAUUUUAACCCACUGUAGCUGUAUCGAUAGCAUUAACAUUCCCCUACCCAUGAGCCUCUGCACGUGUCGGUAUGGACAGUCGAUGUUAUUGUUGUGCGUCCAAGUUUAGCCUCUUCAAGAAGGAGCUGGGCUGUAAGAACUGCGGCCGCUCCUUCUGCUCCAGCUGCUUGACUUUCAGUGCUGUGGUGCCUCGCUGUGGCAACACCCAGCAGAAGGUCUGCAAACAGUGCCAUGGUAAUCUGACCAGUGGGCAAUCUUCAACCAGUGCUGGCAGAUGGUCUCCUCCAGAAAACUAUAAAAAACGGGUCGCUGCACUUGAGGCCAAACAGCAAGGACAGCCGACACAGCCUGUGAGGACUAGCAAAGCAGGACAUCCACUAACCAGCGGCCUGAGCAAAGAAGAUCAGGCGAUUGCUGAAAGGCUUCAAAAGCUCAAGGAGGACACAGCACCUAAGUCUGUCCCCUCUGACAAAGAGCUCAAGUCCCGACUUGCUGCUCUGAAAGCUCCCAGCAAGCCAGUACCUUCUGCAGAAGAGAUGGAGGACCGUCUGGCCACUCUGCGGGGCCUCCCUCCACCAUCUCAAGCUCCUCGACCUGUGCAUCAGCCUCCAGAAAACCGGACCCAGACUGAACAAGCCAAUGAUUUGAUAAGUCAGAUGACAGAGGAAGUUGCAAUUGACAACCAGCAAUCAAAUCCUGAAUGCAGUGUAGAUGGCCGUAUGAAUGAUCUCAAUAAAGGUGAGGCAGGUACACUGGAUGAGAAUUUGGAAGAGAACCAGGAUGCAGCCAAGCAGCUGGAGGCUGAGAAAGCCCAUCUGCUCGAGGAAGCUAUGGAGGAGCUGAGGAAAGAGCGUCACUCUCAGGAUCAGAUCCUCCACAUGGCAAAGAGGCUGGCAGAGCUGAAGGGGCAGGACCCGGACAAAGUUACUAUGGAGGACUUCCAGCAACCUGACAGUGAAGAGGAGACUGAAGAAGAAGCUGUUAUGAGAGUGUUAAAACAGCUCUCAGAAGAAACUGUACUAGAUGAGGCCAGUGGCUACAACAUACCUUUAGAACAGAGUGGCCCAAGGAAUAGGGAAAAGAAAAAAUCGUCCAAGAAACCGGCUCCACCUCCGGCACCUAAGAACAGGAACCUACCUGCUGCUGAUGCACAUCAGCAAUCAGACAGUGAUGAAGAAGAGCUUCCAUGGUGCUGCAUCUGUAACCAAGAUGCCAGCCUUCGAUGUCACACCUGUGAUGGAGAUCUGUACUGUAACCGCUGCUUCAGGGAAGGCCAUGAUAAAUAUGACAGGAAGGAGCAUCGCACCACUAACUACACUGCGCCAAAGAAGAAGAGGAAGACAUGAUAGUGAAGCUAUGCUGCAGGUGAUUGUUAGAGUUAGGCCAGCCAUCACACUUAGACUUGUUCUUUAGCCUUAAGUGACUUACUAUUGUUAGAAAACAGUCUCUCUAAUCAUCUAAAACAAGCCACAAACCAUCAGAACUCAUUAACAUAUUUUAUUCAGUAAAUGCUAAGGCUGAACUAAUUGAAUGGCGCAUAAUAAGAAACUACUGGUAAUAUUUCUUGCAAAGCACCGGCUAGAUAAGGACCAUAAACACAAUGUAAAUGCAAUAUAAUAUGUAUAAUAUCUUAAAUAUAGUUUAUUUUUUGUGGAAUGUGUAAAAAUAGACGUAUGUAACAUUUGCAGAGGCUGCUAGACAGUGAAAGUAUUGCAGCAAACCUGCACGGCCGCUUCACAUAGGAAUCCCAAAAAUGAAUAUGGUUGAUCUGAAUAAGAAGUAUCGGGUUUAUUUUUAUUUUGACUUGUCCUACUUCCUAAUGACAACAAAGGCUUAUUUAAAGUGCUCUUUUGCACUUGUCAUCAUAUGAUGAUUUCCAAAUUUUUAUAACCCGUACAGAAAGCAGACACAUCGUGAGCUCAUCUGGGAUGUUGUACAAUCCCAGACUGCUGUCAGCUCCGCACCGAGGAAGCACAGAGGAGUCAGUAUAAAAGGAUUACUAAGGGCUUUGUUUUCUUUUGGCAGUCACUGCAGUCGCUCUUGUAAUCUAUGUUUGGCUGUGUGUGUAAUUUGAUUAUAAAUAAAGGAUAAGUGUUAGCAACUAUGUCAAGUCGUUGAGAGCAUGCAGCAUACCUUAGCUUUAUUUUUAACAUUAAAGCCUUUUUUUCCUUUUAGAUCCAACAUAUUAUUACUAGAUAAAAAAUAUCUCAGUCUGGCAGGCCUUGUAGGGAGUGCAAUUCUUAUAGUAUACAUGCCUUCUUUGUCAGAGAAGUCGAGGAGAACCAUAUACAUUUCUAUAGUGGAGACCUCACCCGAAAGACCCUCUGUGUUUGACAGAGAGAAGGCCAGAGUGCAGGCUCAUCAGCGUGCAUUACUGUCUGGCUGAGGAGAAACCAUAAUUACACUCUUCUCUUGGGGCUUGCUCCAUUAAGGUUCAUGUGGAAAGUGUUACUGUGCCUUUUCUGGCCGUGUCAUA